UUCAUAACAAGCGAACGUUGUCAGGUUGGACGCAAGCAGACUGCUAAAAUGACGGAAAUGCUUGUCAACAAAAUCCAGAGAAAAAGCCUCCGAUUUCACCGGAUCGCCACCAAUAUAAAACAUGUGUGUGGGAUGCUGCUUAGCUUGAAAAGGUAUAUAGGACGGAAUGCAGUGGUGGAGUGGGCAUUAUUUCACUUGCAAAUGCAGAUCCACAGUAGAAGCGAUCUUCUCUUUAACAUUAGCAGCUUUUCAAAAAACAAUAUGAGGAAGGACUUUGAAAAGUUAAAAAGUCUGUUGUCUGUUCCUCCGAAGCAGAGAUCGCAACCCGUUCUCAGACAGAUUCAGUUAUGUCUAAGGAAGAACAGGGCAUUUCAGAGUCUUCGAGAAAAAACCCAACUGGAACUUUGUCAGCAUAUAAUCUAUCAACUUUAUGAAACAAAAACCCUAGUUAUAAAACAAGGACAUGUGCCAUGUGAAUGCUACAUAAUUCUUUCUGGAAAUUUAAAUGCAACCACGGAAGACAUGAAUGUCAGGAAACAAAGUGUAUUUUCAAACACAUUAUAUGAAGUUGAAGAAGGGGACUUUUUAGGGGAGAUCGGCCUUAUCACAAACAAGAGACCAGUCUCUUUUGUAUGUAACUCCGAUGUGGAACUUUUAGUCAUCGACAAAGAGGCAUUUAAUGAUAUCCUGUCCGAAAAGGUACGGGAGCAAUACUCUGGUCGCCAAGAUUUCUUAAGGAACGUUCCUUUGUUUUCAUCAUGGCCUUCAGAAAAAAUAAACCUUCUUGUCCAUUGCUCUCUGCAAAGAAAUUACAGAGCUGGAACAACAGUAGUUGUGGAUAGCAUCAAAUCUUCAUUCUUGGUGCUGAUCAAAUCUGGAAGAUGUCUGAUUGUGGUUCAGCUCACACCAGACAGACUGUUGGCAGAGUCGGGAUCCUCAAAGAACUACUCUUCUCUUUUGGAAAGGUUUCCCACAAUACCAUUUCUUCUGGAGAACAGAGAUUGCUCUCCUUACACAUUUGAAAGGCCAGUGUUACCACGGACAUCAUAUUCUGCUUCCAUUAGAACAGUAUCUAAACAAAUGCACAUGAGACAACGACCUCAGACAGCUGGACCAUCAACCUUCUCAUUAAGAGACAGAAAGGAGAACUGUGAUUUGGACAUUAAAGCUGCAGAUGUAAGAAAUUGUGAAAAGGGGAGAUGCUCCUUGGAGAAAGUGACUAGACCAUCUGCUACACGCUUUAUAACUGUUGGAACUCUGGAACAGGGAGGCAUCUUUGGUCUGGCAGAGGCAACAGGACAAAAUACAAGGAAGUGCCAGGAUCUCCGAUUUAGUCUGAUAAGUGAAGGGGCCGAGUGUAUUUUCAUCCCCAAAAAGUUGUUCCUGGAAGAAGCUCCUGCCAAGUCCAGACGUGAUGCCCAAGAACUGGUCAGCUCAUUCCCUACAGAGGCCAUGAUCAGGGAGUACUACGCGAGACACCAGGCAUGGAGCGUCUAUAAGGACAAAGUAAUUGGGCAGCAGCUCAUUAGACGCACGAGACGGCAAUAUUUCAAGCAAUACCCCUCAUCGUGAUAACGCUUAGGUGGUAAUUCAUAAAACAAAACAAAAAACUGGCAUAUCUGGUACAUAGUGCUAAAUCUGGAGGAAAAAUUAUUUUCGGUUUCAAUAAAAUACAUUUCUUAUACAUUUUUAUUGCCUUUAUUAACUUAUACGCACAUCUUUUUGAAAGAAAACACGGGGCUCAAGUUUAGUUCAUUUCCGUUUUUAAUAAAACUUCCCGUUAACCUGU